ACGUCACUGUCAUUAUAGUAGUAGCAGUACUUGAUUGUCAAAAAAAUUCAUCAUCAUCGUAUUUUCUGCUGGCUGAGCUGAAUGAUCAUUAAUUAUCCCAAGUUCGUCCUUUCUUCUCUUGCUUGUUUCAAUUGUUGAUUUAAUAGACUGACAAAAGCUUUCAGCAUCAUGUCUGCCACUGCACUAUUCGGUAACACUUCAGCCCUUGGAGGCAGUUCUGGAGGAAAUAAACACAUAGUAGAGUUUCGUGCAGGAAGAAUGACUCUUAAGGGUAGAAUGGUUCACCCUGACAAAAGAAAGGGCCUGCUUUACGUUUAUCAAGGAGAGGACUCUUUGAUGCAUUUUUGUUGGAAGGAUCGAACUACGGGAGAAGUCGAGGAUGAUUUACUAAUAUUUCCAGAUGAUUGCGAGUUUGUUCGUGUUAAUGAGUGCACCACUGGUCGAGUCUAUGUGUUAAAGUUCAAAUCUUUUGCUAAGAAGUACUUCUUUUGGAUGCAGGAGCCUAAAACAGAUAAAGAUGAUGAGUACUGCCGUCGCAUUAAUGAAGCAUUGAACAAUCCUCCUACGUCUGGAGGACGUGGUGGAGGUGGAAGUGGCACUCAAGAUGGAGAACUUCAAAAUAUACUUAACAACAUGUCGCAACAACAACUAAUGCAACUCUUUGGGGGAGUUGGACAAAUGGGUGGUUUAUCCUCACUUCUUGGUACAAUGGGAAAUAACAGCAGCAGCAGUGCUAACACCAGCUCUACCCGUCCCAACGCCGGCAGCAACAGCAGCUCGCGCGGCGGCAGCGCCCCGCGCACCACCGAGUCCACUGCGGCCCGCACUCCACUGCGCGCCCGGGACACCCCAGCUCCGACGGCUACGCCCCCAAACACUGCCACCACGACUCAGCCUCGAAGUGGGCAAAUAUUUUUAUCGGAUUUGCAACGCUACUUCUCGGGGCUCGGCACCGCGCCUCCAGAAGGCCCGGGCACGCGAUCGGAGCCCGAGCGCGUGGAGCUGGCGGCGGCGCUGGCGGCGCCCGACGCUGUGGCGGCCGCGGCCGCGCACGCGCCGCGCCUGCAGCCGCACCUGCCGCCCGCGCCGCAAGGACAAGCACAAGACGAUGUAAGGACCACCCUGCUCUCUCCGCAAUUCGCUCAGGCAGCAAACCAGUUUUCAUCUGCUCUAACUUCUGGGCAGAUAGGUCCAGUUAUAUCACAGUUCGGGCUGGCUCCCGAAGUUGUGUCUGCUGCUAACACAGGUGACAUGAAUGCCUUCUUUAAGGCCCUGGAGAAUACAUCGGCUGCAGAGGAAAAGUCUGACGGGGAUGAAAAUAAGAAAAAGGAUGAGAACCCCAAAGACGAAAAGAGAGAUAAGAAAGACGGUGACGCUGGAAUGUCUUUGGAUUAAUAGCAAUUUUAUUGUUUUCCGUUGUAACUUUGUAACAGUUACGUAUAAACUUAUAAUUAAUAUUCAUAAUAAUUGGUAAAUGUUUGAAUAAAAAUAUUUUUUUGCAAUCUGAUGUCAUGACGGAAUGCACGAAUGUAUUUGUAGAAGUAAUUGAAAUGUAUAAAUUGAAUGUUCAUUCAUGAAUAAAUUAGUAUUUGCUGCAGA